AUGAGGCCAGGGUCCCUGCUGCAGCUCGCUCUGCUGCUCGCCCUGCCCAGGAGUCUGCGAGGCAGAGGGUGUGCGUCUCCACCCUGCGAGUGCCACCAGGAGGACGACUUCAGGGUCACCUGCAAGGAGCUCCACCGAAUCCCCAGCCUACCUCCCAGCACCCAGACUCUGAAGCUCAUCGAGACUCAUCUGAAGACCAUUCCCAGUCUUGCGUUUUCUAGUCUGCCCAAUAUUUCCAGGAUCUAUUUAUCUAUAGAUGCAACUCUGCAGCGGCUGGAACCACAUUCUUUCUACAAUUUGAGUAAAAUGACUCACAUAGAAAUCCGAAACACCAGAAGCUUAACUUACAUAGACCCUGACGCCUUGACGCAGCUCCCCUUGCUCAAGUUUCUUGGCAUUUUCAAUACUGGACUUAGAAUAUUCCCUGACUUGACCAAAAUUUAUUCCACGGAUGUAUUCUUUAUACUUGAAAUCACAGACAACCCUUACAUGACUUCAGUCCCUGAAAACGCAUUCCAGGGACUGUGCAACGAAACCUUGACCCUGAAACUGUACAAUAAUGGAUUUACUUCAAUCCAAGGACAUGCUUUCAACGGAACAAAGCUGGAUGCGGUUUACCUAAACAAGAAUAAACACCUGACAGCUAUAGACAAAGAUGCCUUUGGAGGAGUAUACAGUGGACCAACCUUGCUAGAUGUGUCUUCCACCAGCGUCACAGCCCUGCCCUCCAAAGGCCUGGAGCACCUCAAGGAACUGAUCGCAAAAAACACCUGGACUCUCAAAAAGCUCCCCCUGUCCUUGAGUUUCCUCCACCUCACUCGGGCUGACCUCUCUUACCCAAGCCACUGCUGUGCUUUUAAGAACCAGAAGAAAAUCAGGGGAAUCCUAGAGUCUUUGAUAUGUAAUGAGAGCAGUAUCCGGAACCUGCGUCAAAGAAAAUCAGUGAAUGUCUUGAGGGGUCCCAUCUACCAGGAAUAUGAAGAAGAUCUGGGUGACAACAAUGUUGGGUACAAACAAAACUCCAAGUUCCAGGAGAGCCCAAGCAACUCUCACUAUUACGUCUUCUUUGAAGAACAAGAGGAUGAGAUCAUUGGUUUCGGCCAAGAGCUCAAAAAUCCUCAAGAAGAGACUCUCCAAGCCUUCGACAGCCACUAUGACUAUACUGUGUGUGGGGACAAUGAGGACAUGGUGUGUACCCCCAAGUCGGAUGAAUUUAACCCCUGUGAAGAUAUCAUGGGCUACAGGUUCCUGAGAAUCGUGGUGUGGUUUGUCAGUCUGCUGGCUCUCCUGGGCAAUAUCUUUGUCCUGUUCAUUCUGCUUACUAGCCACUACAAAUUGACUGUGCCACGCUUCCUUAUGUGCAACUUGGCCUUUGCAGACUUCUGCAUGGGAGUAUACCUGCUUCUCAUUGCCUCUGUAGACCUGUACACACACUCUGAGUAUUACAACCAUGCCAUCGACUGGCAGACAGGCCCUGGGUGCAACACAGCUGGUUUCUUCACUGUUUUUGCUAGUGAGUUAUCAGUGUACACACUGACGGUCAUCACCCUGGAGCGAUGGUACGCCAUCACCUUCGCCAUGCGCCUGGAUAGGAAGAUCCGCCUCAGGCACGCAUACACGAUCAUGGCUGGGGGCUGGGUUUCCUGCUUCCUUCUCGCCCUGCUCCCGAUGGUGGGAAUAAGCAGCUAUGCCAAGGUCAGCAUCUGCCUGCCAAUGGACACCGACACCCCUCUUGCUCUAGCAUACAUUGUCCUUGUCCUGCUGCUCAAUGUUGUUGCCUUUGUUAUUGUCUGUUCCUGCUAUGUGAAGAUCUACAUCACGGUCCGAAAUCCACAGUACAACCCUCGAGACAAAGACACCAAGAUUGCCAAGAGGAUGGCUGUGUUGAUCUUCACCGACUUCAUGUGCAUGGCGCCCAUCUCCUUCUAUGCAUUGUCGGCACUUCUGAACAAGCCUCUUAUCACCGUGACUAACUCCAAAAUCUUGUUGGUUCUCUUCUACCCCCUCAACUCCUGUGCCAAUCCAUUUCUUUAUGCCAUUUUCACCAAGGCCUUCCAGAAGGAUGUAUUCAUCCUACUCAGCAAGUUUGGCAUCUGCAAACGCCAGGCCCAGGCCUAUCAGCGUCAGAGAGUCUGCCCCAACAAUAGCACUGGGAUUCAGAUCCAGAAGAUUCCCCAGGACACAAGGCAGAGUCUCCCCAACAUGCAAGAUACCUAUGAACUGCUUGGAAACUCGCACCUAACUCCAAAACUACAGGGACAAAGCUCAGAAGAGUGUAAGCAAACAGCCUUGUAA